AUGGCGGCAGCCGCCAUUCGCGGCGGCGGAUUAUCCGCGAUGUCGCCGCGCCUGCUGAAAUUCCUGGUCGAGGAUAAGCCGGGCGCGGCGGAGCGGGGCGCGGGGAGAGCAGGGGAAGGAAAGCGGGGCGGAGACAGGCGUUUGCGCCAGAGCGGAAGCGGGGACGAGAGCGCGGAGGGGAGGGGGGUGGCAGGGGGAGACGAGCGGGGGAGGGUAUCGUUGCGGACGCGGAGCGGGCCGCUUUCCGCAAGAGCUAGAUCGCGCGCCGCUGGGGCUAGCGCCUUCCGAAUGCCCGGGCCGUUACACUCGCCUCUCUCCAGCUCUCCCGCGUCGUCCGAUUCGUUAUUGUCUUCCCCGCUAGCCCUCCCCGCGCCGUCCCCGUUAGCGCCGUCCUCGAGUUUCGGUAGAAGCGCCGGAGGCGGCGCAACAGCGGGUGCCGCGCACGGGAGAAGCUGCGCGGGAAGUGCGUCAGCUCCUUCCCCUACACGCACCUCGCCUACAAUCACAUCGCCCACCAAGCCAACCUCCCCGCUAGGCCCCGCGCCUGCCGCCGCUACCGCGGGGCCGUCCGCGUCUGCUGCGCAACCAUUGGCGGCGGCGGCGGGGUGGCAAUCUUUCCGGCGGCCCGCCGCGCUUGACCUUGGACGGCUGCUCGCUCCCGGCGCUCCAGGCGGGGAGGAAUCCGACGGUGAGGAUGAGUUCAGCGAUGACGACGCUGACGUCAGCGAGGCCGUGGCUGUAACGGGUCCGGCCGAGCCGCCAGGUUCGGGAAGAGCUGCGGGGACAGGCUCGGGAACUGCCGCCGAACGUGGGGAGCGGCUGGAAGGGGUUGAGGUGAGGCUGGAGCGGAGGUCCACGGGGAACGCGCAGCACGCGGAGAGGGGAAGGACGGAAGGGAGCCUGGGGAACGCGGAACGCCCCCGCAGCAGCCCUGUAGGCCUCGACUCAGCGCUUAGCUUCGACCGCCGAACCAGCCCUGUAGGCGCAAUCACCCCCACUGCUGCUUCCGCCUCUUCCGCCGCGGGUGCAAGCGGGGGGAGAGGCGGGGCGUCCGCUGCUGCUGGUCCCGCGGGAGGGGGGGAGAGGGCGGGGGGCGCGGGAAUGGGGGACAACGGCAGCAGCCCCAAGUACUUCGUUGCGCUUAAGAGCCCCCGCGCGCCCGCGGAUGCGCCCAGGCGCGCCAAUAAGAGCCCCAAAACGCCCCGCGGGGAGGUGCUAUCUGGGAAAGGCGCGGGCGAGGGGGGCAUGGGCGGAAGCACCACUGCUGGUUCUGGGUGGGGAGGCGGCGGGGCAGGCGGUGGGGGAGGGGCAGGCGGAGGGGGAGGCGGAGGCGGAGGAGGAGGGGGAGGAGGAGGCGGAGGGCAGGGGGAGGGCGGCAAGCGGCGGGGGCUAGCGUCAUGGGGGGGCGGGGGGACGCUGGGCGCAGCAGUGGACACUUUCAGCCGCAGCCUGAGCGCCCACCCCGUCAGCCCUAGGGCGGGGCCACCUGGGGGAGGCGCAGGGGGAGGCGCGGGGGGAGGCGCGGGGGGAGGGGCAGGGGGAGGGUUGAUGACAGCGGAAGCAGCAGCCGCGUUUGACGCGCACGCGAGAAGAGCCAUGGCUGCCCCCCCCAACCCCUCCUAUCACGCGCUCCCUACCCCCUCCCUCCGCCCCUCCCCCACAGCUGCUGCUGCCGCCGCUGCUGCUGCUGCUGUCGCUGCUGCUGCUGGCGGCGGGGGCAGCGGCGGGGGGAGCAGCAGUAGCGUGCGGGGGGGUGGAAGCAGCAGCGCUGGUGGUGCUGCUGACAUGGGCGCUGGAGGGGUGGCGGGCGGGGCAGGGGGCGCAGGAAGGGGCGCAGGAGGGGGCAUGGGGAUGGGGAUGGGGAUUGGCAUGGGUGUGUUUCAGCAGGGUUAUUCUGAUGUGACGCGGCGCUAUGAGAUGGGGCGGAAGGUGGGGCAGGGGCGGAAGGGUGUGACUGUAUACCAGUGCGUUGAGAGGCGCACAGGCAGGCAGUACGCGUGUAAGACUAUAGACAAGGUGACUCUAACGGGGGGCAGGAAGGAGGAGGCGGUUCGCACGGAGGUGGCGAUUAUGAGGAAGCUGCAGGGCCAUCCGCACAUAGUGGAGAUUAAAGACACCGCGGAAGAUGCUAAGUUCGUGCACAUAGUGAUGGAGAUGUGUUCAGGCGGGGAUCUCUUAGACCACAUCAACACGCAGCUGUGCAUAUCGGAGCGCGAGGCCGCCACCAUCCUGCGCGUGCUCGUGCAGACCAUCCACUUCUGCCACGUCAGCGGCAUCAUGCACCGCGACUUAAAGCCCGAGAACGUGCUGCUCGGCUCGCCCGGCCAGUGGUGGGACCUGCGCGUCGCGGACUUUGGCUUUUCUGUGCCGCUCAGAGCAGGCCAGCGCAUGAAAGGAUACGCGGGGUCCCCCUUCUAUAUGGCCCCCGAAGUGCUGGACGGGCUGUACGGGCACGAGGCAGACAUCUGGAGCCUGGGGGUCAUCCUCUACACGCUGCUUUCCCAGAAGCUUCCCUUCUGGGACGACACGGACGCGGGCGUGUAUGAGCUGAUUCGGCGCUGCGAGGUGGACACGAGCUCUGGCGUGUGGCCGCUGGUGUCAGGGGCAGCGAAAGACCUCGUGCACCGCAUGCUAGCCUUUGAUCCCAACCAUCGCUUGCCGCUGCAUCUUAUUCUCGACCACCCAUGGGUCGUCACCAACACCACAGUCGACAUUCCCCGCGUGCCAUCUAGCGCGUCAGUUUCCUCGGAAACUUCCUCUCUCGAGCCGCACUCGUCCGGGCGGCGAAAGAAAGAUAUUGCUCGAUCUGCCGGGACCAUCUUUUCGUCCCGUGCCCAGCCGCAAGCCAUGCGCGCUGCUGCCGCCGCCGCCGCUGCUGCCGCCGGCGGUGGUGGGGGGAGUGAUGGUGAUGAUGAUGAGGAGGAUAGUGCAGGUGGGAAGGGGGAGUGA